AUCCCUAGUCCUUCCUUCACCAGAAAUGGAAAGAGAGCAUUACUUGUUUAAAAAAUUAGUUAAUGAAAAAUUUUUUGUCAAUAUUUGGAACCCACACUACUGGGUCUAAUUAAAUACUAAAUAUAGAUGACAGCUUCCUGCUGUGUUUUACAGGACCUAUAGGAAUACACAUGCUUUGAGGAAAGGGGAAAAGGAAAGUGCAGGAACUGGGAGGAAGUUUUUUUGUUGCUGUUGUUAGUCAUUGUUGUAGUUGUUUUUUCCAUAGUGGCUUCCUGAAGCAUUUUCAUUUGGAGUUGGCCCCUCUGAGCAGUUACUCGGGAAUUGGUGAACAAUGAAUCAUUCUGCCCUAGAAAUUGGCUCCUGUGAUACCCAUGAAGAGAGAAAGCUCUAUGUUAUUGAUUCCUUAAAUGACUUAAACAAAGUGAACUUCUCUCCUGCUGGAUCCCAGCGUGGAAUCUCUCAAGAAAAGAAGUUCCUAGGAGGUGCUCCUAACACAGGGAACGGAAUCAGAAACCGAAGCUUGUUCUUUGUGGCGCUGAUUAUCGCUUUGAUCGUCAGCUUGACCCUCGUUUCUUUUGUGAUAGUCUUACUACUUCAAACUGGAAGCAAGAUGGAUGAAGUGUCAAGAAGAUUAACAGCUGAAAGAAAGGAUAUCGAUGAGCUCAAGAAAAUAAACAGCAUGAUAUUAAAUCGUCUCAACCAAUUGGAUGCUAUUAAAAACUAAAGACGUGAUCUGUAAAAUAUCAACUCUGAAAGUCUAAAGAUUCUUCUUAAUGUUACAAAGAAUCUUCAAGGUGAACUCUUCAGGAGAAUACCAUAAGAGGGCAAUCCAUUGUCUGCAUGAUGAAAAAAGGAUUGGUGACAUUCUUUCAGCUGAAUUCAUAAGAAACAAUUCUAGAGAUGGCAAUUUCUCACAUCUCAGUGACACAGUUAUUAAUUUUUUGUGAGGCUAAAUGAGACAAUGGAUGUUUUGAAGAGAGCACUGAAUAUUUUGGAAAUUUGGGUUCUAUUGCUGGCACUGCCACUUAACAUUACCUGUGUGACUGUGAAUAAUCUCUCUGAGCAUCAAUUUCAUAAUAUCAUAAUAUCAUAGACUUAGAAUCAGAAGAAACCUGUCUAUCUACUCCAACUUUCUUAUUUUGCAGAGGAGAAAACUGAAGUCCAGGAUAGUUCAAGGAAAUUCAGAUACUUCUCUAAAGUCAGACAGGAAAUAAAGAUCAGGGUUUUCAUUCAAGUCCUCUCACUUAAGCGUCAUUGCUCUUUUUGUAUACCACAGUGCAUUUCCUUGAGUGUAAAAUGAAGUUGUGCUAGAUGGAUUUCAAGGGUUUUUUUCAGUACUGAUGUAUUUUAUGUUCUAUGUUAAGAAGAGAAUGAUGUUAAAGCCUUCUAAGUAAGUUUUUAAACUGUAUCUUUUAAGAAUGUUUACUUCCAGACAUGAUAAUAUAUCUUUUCACAAAUUCAUAACACUGUACAUAUUUCCUAAGAAAAUUUGAGGAAUUUUUCCUUAUAAAUUAGUGAUUCUGGAUUUAGCCAUUCUGGAGAACAAUUUGGAACUAUGCUCAAAAAGUCAUCAAACUGGAUCAAAAUGUAUACCCUUCAAUCCAGCAGUGUUUCUACUGGGAUUAUAUCCCAAAGAGAUCUUAAAGGAGGGAAAGAGAUCUAUAUGUGCAAAAAUGUUUGUGGCAGCCCUUUUUGUAUCAUCAAGAAACUGGAAACUGAAUGGAUGUCCAUCAAUCGGAGAAUGGCUGAAUAAAUUAUGGUAUAUGAAUGUUAUGGAAUAUUAUUCUUCUAUAAGAAACGAUCAGCAGGAUGAUUUCAGAAAGGCCUGGAGACUAGAUGAAAUGAGCAAAACUAGGAGAACAUUAUACAUGGCAACAGCAAGAUUAUACAAUGAUCAACUUUGAUGGAUGUGACUCUUUCCAAAGAUCUUGUGAUGAAGAAAGCCAUCUAUAUCUACAGAGAGGACUGUGGGAACUGAGUGUGGGCCAUAACAUAGCAUUUUCACUCUUUUUGUUGUUGUUUGCUUGCAUUUUGUUUUUUCUCAUUUUUUUUCCUUUUUGAUCUGAUUUUUCUUGUGUAGCAAGAUUAUUGUAUAAAUAUGUAUACAUCUAUUGGAUUUAACAUAUUUUAACAUGUUUAAUAUAUAUAUUGGAUUACUUGCCAUCUAGAGAGGGGAUGGAGGGAAGGAAGGGAAAAUUUGAAACACAUCAUUUUUUAAGGGCCAAUGUUGAAAAAUUAUCCAUGUAUAUGUUUUGAAAAUUUUUUGAAAUUUUGAAUUAAUUUGAAAAACAUUUUGAAAAAAAUUAAAUAAAAAAUAAAACAAAAAACUACAACAAAUAAAAAUUAAAAUAACAUAAAUAAAAAUAAAAAAAAAAAUAAAUAAAUUAGUACUUCCAAGGAUAAGUAGAAGCAAUGUUUUUAAAUUAAAAAACAAAUCCUUCUGAUAGAUUAUUGUACUUCUGUAAUUCUCUCUACCUUUCCAAUUUAUUCUUUCCUCCUACCCUUCCACCUUUCCCUCCACAUACUCUAUUAUCCACUGAUACUAGCCUCCUUUUUGGUCUUCACACAAAUUAUCCCAUCACCCAAUUCUAGGUAAUUUCAAUGGCUGACCUCAUGCCUGGAACUCUCUCUGCCUCGUGGCUUCCUUAAAACAUCCUUAAAAACUCAUCUAAAGUCCUAUCUUCUACAGGAAGCCUUUCCUAAUGAUCUCUUAAUUCUAAUCUGUUGGUGAUCUCCAAUUCAUUUGGUAUUUGGCUCAAUUUAUUCUCCUCCAGUAAGUUUAUACUGUAAAUAUAUUUCAUUUAUUGGAUUUCCCACAAGAAGAAAAAAUUGGGGGGGGGGGGUAACUAUACCUUGUUGGUGAAGGACUUAGAGUUUAUGUUGAAGGGUUUUUAUUUCAUGCCAUAAAAGGAAUUUCGGCUUCACAAGCCCAACAUUUUAUAAUUCUGUAUUAAUAGAUAGCAAGGAUUUCAUUGCUAGUUUUGCCAGGGAUUUUUGUCCUUUGAGAGAAUUCCUCAACUUAAAGGCAUGGUCAGUACUUAUUAUACAUUACUCUAUCUCUUUGCUAUACUACAAUGCCUUUCCUUGAGUGCUAGUGAGUUGUGCUUAGAUGGGUUCUAAGGUUUUUUUUUCAGCAUACUUAUCUUUCAUGCUUGGAAUACACGUCCCCUUUACCUUUCUCUUUUGGAAUGCCCAGUGUUCUUCAGCUCAAGCUUAAACUCAUUUCAAACAGUACUUUUGACACAUUGCCUGUAUUUUGAUCCCUCCCACCAGCUGCCAUCCCUUCCUUCCAAAAAAUUUACCUUAUUAUUAAUUUUCUAUUUUUCUGCAAAUACUUGUAUAUGUACAUGCUACAAAAUAAAAGCAAAUUUUUUUUGGUCCUCAAGUGGAGUAUAAUCUAAUUGAACCUAAGAUUACAAUUUAUAUAUAUAUAUAAAGGAAAUGUAAGCUCCUUGAAGGCAGAGAUUAUUUAAUUUUUGUUUUGUAUCUUUAGCACCUAGCACAAUGCCUGGCACAAAACAGAAGUUUAUUAACUUCUUGAUGAUUGAUUUAUAGCUCUUGGUGACAGCUGACUGAAUGAGAUAUUUAGAGGUAAGAGACUUUCAUGGAUUCCAUCAAGUGACACUACUUAGGUGACUGUCCAUUGCAAUCUAUGUGCAAAACUGCGUUAAAAUUAUAUCUUGUUCUGGUUUCCCUGAUUUACCUCCUUGUAGUUAAUAUAGUAAAUUUAUAAGUAGCCACUAUAAAGUAAUAAUAGCAAGAAUUAAGAUUACAAACUCACUUAAAGAUUGUCCUAUGGAUCAAUGAUUUGCAAACUGUAUUAUAUAUUAACUAAAAAUCACAUCCUGAGACUGCUAAAUCAGAGGAAACCUUCUAGUCCUUUCUAUCAGAGCCUUUUUUAUCCUAUAAAUUAUAAAGCUCAAAUAAGCUCCAAUAUCCACAAUAAAAUCUGUAGAACACCAAAUGCUACUGUUAACUUUGAAAUAAUAUUGAUACAAUAAUGAACUAACCCCAAAGUGGCACAGAUAACAGUCUGCCCCCCUCCAAAACCUUGUAAAAAUGAAACUCCAAUUUCCUGACCUUGGAGUACUCCAUCUUCAUCUGGGUCCAUGCAGCCCAAUACUCCCAACUUCAAUCUUUGGUUACAUAAAUGACUCUGCCUCUUAGUAUUCUCUUCCCCAUGCUGCCUGCCUUACUCCUCUCCUCUCAUGCCAUCUGCCUCUGUAUCCUCCUUCUGCAUUGUCUCUGUACUUUUUGUACUACUUGCCCCUGCACCCUCUGUGCUUUACUAAAAUGUGAUUGAAAUCUUUCUUCCCACUACCACUGUGGUUUUUCCCAGAGAUUAACAAGAAACCAGAAGUGGCCGCCCUCAUUUCAUAAUUUCAAAAAUUAACAAUUCAUUGAUCUGAACUCUGCUUACCAUAAUUGAAAUAAAAUGUAACUAUAGAGUUUAUAUUUGGUUUUAGGGAACUGAGCAUCUGCAAGAUGAGAGACAUCAUCUUCCCUGAAUAAUAAUUGUUCAUCUAUUUCCUAGUGAGACCUCUCUAUGCUUUCUGGAAAGCCUUCAUGGUUGGCUUAACACUUUCAGAAUAUUUCUUAUUGGUAACCACUGUGCUAAUAGUAAUAAUAAUAAUAGCUACAAAAAAUAAUAAAAUAAAUGGGAAAACUUU